UUACUUGCUUACUGAAACUCUUACUGCAUCGAAGAAACGACUGAAUUCCAGCAUAGGGUUGAUAAAACGCCCAGGACUGCGGUCUUGCGUCCAACACCAGCGUCCAACUGCAACUUAUAUAACGGUGAAGAAAGCAGCACAAACCGGCUAGCAAGCUACUUUUGGGAGGCGUUUUGCUGCCUGGUCGCAUCUCCCACUGCUGGGUGGGGAUCAGGGUCACGGAGCCUCUGAGUGCGUGGACAUUGUGGGUCAGAAAAAGCAGAGCAAAGUAGCCCAUCAGCCUUCACAGUCUAUGGGAACUGCUACGGCAGUCGAUGCAGUCUUCCGCAGGCCCUCUUUCCCUGUGGCUGAGAACCCAGCAGCACCAGCAGCAUGUCCCACGUCUCCUCCACUGCCAAGCGCUAUGCUGGCUCGUCCUACACCAGCCACUAUAGCUCCUACAGCUCCCCCUUAACCCCAAGCCUUAGCUCCUACAGCGAGCGGAACAGGUUGUCCUCUUACAAGUCCCCUGCCUCCUCUACCUCUUCCUCAGGUUACACCUCUUCCAGCUAUCAAAGCAGCUCCACGAUCCGCAGCCGCAACUACAGCACUUCCCUGGACGCAGACCGGGGCCGGGUCAUCCCACGGACGGACAUCCUUGGAAGUAGCAGCAACCGCCGUAGUGAAAGCCUCAGUCGAACCCCUGUCAAGAGCUAUGCAGGUUCUGGACUUAGUGGGGGGUCAGCCUACACAACGUACAGUUCUUACUCGUCCCCAUCAGUGCAGUCCAGCUACCUCUCCUCUUCACCGGUGGCCUCCAGAAUGUCGCUUAAUCGACAAAAAUCAACAUCCCAGAGUGACUUAACCAGGGACUUGGCGGCUCUGGGCCUCAAUGACGCCUCCUCCUCGUCUUCCUCCUCCAGCCCGUCUUCCUCCUCCAGCGCCUCGAGGAGCUGUCGCACUCGGACCAGUGAGGUGGCUAAUACGUAUGGCACUAACUCCUCAGGCGUGCCACGGAACACUACUCAGGAAGCCCCUUCAUGGCGCUCCACCAAGGAAGGCUUCAGUAGCAGCAGCAACAGAUCACACAAUUCCUCAGCGUGGGAGGCAAGUACGAGUGGAGUGUAUCCCCCCACGAGGGACUCCACGAACUCAAAGAGUGCCCAGGGACUGGUGGGACUGAAAAACCUGGGAAACACAUGUUUCAUGAAUAGUAUCCUGCAGUGUCUGAGCAACACACACAGCCUGCGAGACUACUGCCUGCACAACUCGCACCGCAGAGACCUUAACAACAACAGCCGCACUAACACCACCCUCAUGGAAGAGUUUGCCAAGCUGAUACAAACCAUGUGGUCAUCAACCAGCAGCGAAGCUGUCAGUCCAUCUGAAUUCAAAACUCAGAUCCAGAGAUACGCUCCAAGAUUUGUGGGAUACAACCAGCAGGACGCUCAAGAGUUUCUCCGCUUCCUCCUCGACGGCCUGCACAAUGAAGUCAACAGAGUCACGGUCAGGCCAAGAGGCACUGUCGAAGAUUUUGAUCACCUGCCAGAUGAGGAGAAAGGGAAGAAGAUGUGGACUAAAUACCUGGAGAGGGAAGACAGUAAAAUCGUUGACUUGUUUGUUGGGCAGCUCAAGAGCUCCCUGACCUGCAGCCAUUGUGGUUUCUGCUCAACUGUCUUUGACCCUUUCUGGGAUCUGUCCCUUCCCAUUGCCAAGAAGGGCUAUGGUGAGGUGAGCCUCAUGGACUGCAUGCGGCUCUUCACCAAAGAAGAUGUCCUGGAUGGGGAUGAGAAGCCAACGUGCUACAAGUGCAAAGCUAGACGAAGAUGCACCAAGAAGUUCACAGUACAGAAGUUCCCCAAGAUCUUAGUUCUGCACCUCAAGCGCUUCUCGGAAGCGAGAAGAACCAGCAAACUGUCAACCUUUGUCAACUUCCCCAUGAAGGAUCUUGACUUGCGAGAGUUUGCCUCCGAAAACAGCAUAAAUGCGGUGUACAACCUGUAUGCAGUGUCCAACCACUCAGGCACCACAAUGGGGGGUCACUACACAGCCUACUGUCGCAACCCUACAUCUGGGGAGUGGUACACCUUCAAUGACUCCAGAGUAACGCCAAUGUCCUCCAGCCAAGUGCGGAGCAGCGACGGCUACGUCUUGUUCUACGAGCUGGCUUCCUCCUCGCGCAUGUGAAUCCCGGUCAGACGACGACA